CGGUGGGCGCAGACUGCUGGCGUCACGGGGAAAGCGGCGGCGGUGGUUGUCCAUCAAUGAGUCCGAGUCCGCCGCCCCUCAGCCUCGCAGCGUCGCGGAGACAGGUGCUUCACGCGACUGCUCAAACAUUGAGAUCUUCACCGGCGUCAUCACAUGACUACACUGCAGUGCUCCGUGUCAGAGCAACACAGGGUUCAAAGAUGCUGACUAGGAAGAUAAAGCUGUGGGAUAUUAAUGCUCACAUCACGUGUCGACUUUGCAAUGGAUAUCUGAUUGAUGCUACCACAGUCACAGAGUGCCUACAUACCUUCUGUAGGAGCUGCCUUGUGAAGUAUUUAGAAGAGAACAACACAUGUCCUACCUGCAGGAUUGUCAUUCAUCAGAGUCACCCAUUGCAGUACAUCGGUCACGAUCGAACAAUGCAAGAUAUUGUCUAUAAAUUGGUGCCUGGUCUCCAAGAAGCGGAGUUAAAAAAGCAAAAAGACUUUUAUCAGAAACUUGGCCUUGAAAUGCCUGGCGAGGUCAAAGGUGAGACGUGCACAGCUAAACAACAAUUCGACCCUCUCCAUGAUGGCGAAACAAAGCCAGAAGAUGAGUCAAAUAAACAGAAAACUGAGGAUAAGCCAGAGGAAGAACAUGAUUAUCACAGGAAUGAUGAACAGGUAAGCAUCUGUUUGGAAUGCAAUAGCAGUAAGUUACGUGGGUUGAAGAGAAAGUGGAUUCGCUGUUCAGCACAGGCUACUGUUCUACAUCUGAAGAAAUUUAUCGCCAAAAAACUCAACCUAGCAUCAUUUAAUGAGCUGGAUAUUCUAUGCAAUGAAGAAAUACUCGGAAAGGAUCACACUUUGAAAUUUGUUGUUGUCACUCGAUGGAGAUUCAAGAAAUCGCCCCUCCUGCUACAUUAUAGGCCAAAAAUGGACCUGCUAUGACAUCAAGUUUUAUCGUCAGCAGAACUUCAUAAGGUGCAAAUUUUGCAGAGACUAUCAUCCAGCACUCAGCCAGUGCAUCACUGGAUCUAGCAUGUGGUACACACCAGCAAAUACACACACCGAAUCAGAGGUAUUGCUCAACUGGAACUGACCCAAGAAAAGCCUGCUUCUGUGCUCGCUACUACAGUGUUGGAAUCGCUCAAGUUGAAAUGGGUUUACAGUCAUAAUAUAUUUCAAAAAGGAUCAAAUUAAAUUGCACCAAGACACUUUUUAUACCUGGUUUAUAAAGAAAGAAAGCAGUGACAUGAAUUUGAUGUGUUAGAAGGCUUUGUUGCGGGCACAAGAAAUAUUUUAUCGUUUACAUUUUGACUAUUGUUUUAGCAACUCUGUGAACCUACUUGUGAUUUUAAAUUGUUUUAAUAAUACAGUUUAUGAAGCUG